AUGAAAGAUAUUCAAAAAGAGUAUGAUCACAAUACUGAUAAAUAUGAUAACAAUUAUCAUUUUACUAUGUAAGAUGGCUCUAACUAAGAAUAUUAAUAAUAAGAAUCAUAAGAUAAUGAUGACAAUAAAGAUGACGAUGAUCAAUCCAAAUAAGCAUAGUGA